UGUUUUCUGUCUUCUCUCAGAUUAUAGAUAAUGGGCUGUGUGCAAUGCAAGGAUAAGGAAACAAACAAACUGACAGAUGAGCGAGAUACAAGCAUCUCUCAGGGACCUGGCUAUCGCUAUGGAGCUGACCCCACACCGCAGCACUACCCCAACUUUGGGGUCACUGCCAUUCCCAACUACAACAACUUCCACGCCCCCGUCGCACAAGGAAUGACCGUCUUCGGAGGGGUCAGCUCUUCCUCGCACACCGGCACCCUGAGGACCCGCGGGGGGACGGGAGUCACCCUCUUUGUGGCACUUUACGACUACGAGGCACGGACAGAAGACGACCUCAGCUUCAGGAAAGGAGAGCGGUUCCAGAUUAUCAACAGCUCUGAAGGGGACUGGUGGGACGCUCGCUCGCUCACCACCGGGGGCAGCGGUUACAUUCCCAGUAAUUAUGUGGCCCCAGUGGACUCUAUCCAGGCCGAAGACUGGUACUUUGGUAAACUGGGUCGUAAAGACGCAGAGAGGCAGCUGCUGUCCACAGGCAACCCAAGAGGCACCUAUCUGAUCCGAGAGAGUGAAACCACAAAGGGUGCGUUCUCCUUAUCCAUACGAGACUGGGACGAUGUGAAAGGCGACCACGUCAAACAUUAUAAGAUCCGCAAACUGGACAGCGGCGGCUACUACAUCACCACCAGAGCUCAGUUUGACAUGCUGCAGCAGCUCGUUCAGCAUUACUCAGACCGCGCCGCUGGCCUCUGCUGUCGCUUGGUGGUUCCCUGCCACAAAGGGAUGCCCCGCCUCGCUGACCUGUCCGUCAAAACCAAAGAUGUGUGGGAGAUCCCACGGGAGUCGCUGCAACUUAUCAAGCGUCUUGGGAACGGGCAGUUUGGGGAGGUCUGGAUGGAAGAUGCGGAUGGUUUGUGCUUUAAUUUAACGGGCGUUUGUGUGAACUACAUCCCUGACACUGUGGGCUUGGGUCAUGACGCCUGGGAGAUCAGCAGAAACGCACUUGAGUUGGAAGUAAAGCUGGGAACAGGAUGUUUUGCUGAUGUGUUCUAUGGAACGUGGAAUGGCACCACGAAGGUGGCGGUGAAGACUCUCAAGCCCGGCACCAUGUCUCCAGAGUCUUUCCUGGAGGAGGCUCAGAUCAUGAAGAAGCUUCGCCAUGACAAACUGGUGCAGCUGUAUGCUGUGGUGUCUGAGGAGCCCAUUUACAUCGUCACAGAGUACAUGGGCAAAGGAAGUCUGCUGGAGUUCUUGAAGGAUGGAGAAGGACGAGGACUGAAGCUGCCAAAUCUUGUGGACAUGGCUGCUCAGGUGGCAGCAGGCAUGGCCUACAUCGAGAGGAUGAACUACAUCCAUCGAGACCUGCGCUCCGCCAACAUCCUGGCGGGAGACAAUCUGGUGUGCAAGAUCGCUGACUUUGGCCUGGCCAGGCUCAUUGAAGACAAUGAAUACACUGCUCGGCAAGGUGCAAAGUUUCCCAUCAAGUGGACCGCCCCGGAGGCCGCGCUGUACGGGAAGUUCACCAUCAAGUCAGAUGUGUGGUCGUUUGGCAUCUUGCUCACAGAACUGGUCACCAAGGGCCGGGUGCCUUAUCCAGGGAUGAACAACCGCGAGGUGCUGGAGCAGGUGGAGCGUGGCUACAGGAUGCCGUGUCCCCAGGAUUGUCCCAUCUCUCUGCAUGAGCUGAUGCUGCAGUGCUGGAAGAAAGAUGCAGAGGAGCGGCCCACCUUUGAGUACCUGCAGGCCUUCCUGGAGGACUACUUCACAGCCACUGAGCCUCAGUACCAGCCCGGGGACAACCUCUAAUCCCCCUGGAAGAAACCUGGAAGAAACCUUGGCCAUUAAUAUGAUGGUGUGGGAUAGGCAGGUGGGCUGUGUGUGUGUGUGUGUGUGUGUGUGUGUGUGUGUGUGGGGGCCUCGGGGCCUCGGGGCCUCGAGGCUGGGACCACACUGGCUGAAUCAGUGCUGUUAAAAAAACAAACUCUGGAGCCUUCGCAGCUCGGCCUUUAUUUUUUUUAGCUCAGUAUUUCAGUCCCUGGUUGUUUUCUGACGUCUGAACUCUGCACACGGUGACACACGUGGAAGCUGACGGACACAAGACGGACGCAAGACGGACGCAAGACGGACGCUGGGAUCAUGCAAUGAAAUACCUGUAUUCAGUGUAAAUUGAAAAAAGCUUGUUUUAUUUUAUUUGUUUGCUUCCGUUAAAGAUUUUAUUUUCUCCUGCACAAACAAUUAUAAUAACAAUAAUAAUAAGAAGAAUAAUAAAGGAAAAGGAAGAUGAACCUGACCUGGUAUUAUUCUAUAGUUCCUCUAUCAUUUUCUAGAGAUUGAAUUGGAAGCCUCAGUUUUCUGCUCUUUUCUUUUCUCCAUAAUGUUAAAAUGAACUAUAAGCAUGAUGCGGACUUUUCCCUACAGUCUCCACUUGUAUACUGUAUGUCACUUUUGUAUGGAAGUCAAUAUGUCUCAUCACAUUUUUCUUUUUUAAAUAAAUCCUUUCAUGUUCUCCUCUCUGUUUUUCACAUUUAGAAAUAAAAAAAGGUUUAAAAUAUCAGAUUUUUGUUUCCUCAAAUCAAAUGUGAGCAUGCGGAAUAUGUUUAUAUGGAUAUAUAAAUGUUUAUAUGUAUAUAUAUAUAUAUAUAUAUAUACAUAUGCAGUAUAUAUACGUUCAAUGUGUUCAAAUUUGAUUAGAGGAAAAGAACAACAAAGUCAACAUCAAAUAUAAGGAAAGGUUUCAAACUAACUUUCAUCCAAUCACACUGUGUUCCAUUGGUCAUGUGACACUGAUGCAGGAGUCGAUCAGCAGUUUAUCCUUUUAAACCUGGGAUACUGAAAUGUGAUCACAUCAGAGCGUUCACAUGUUUGAAACCUUUGGGUUUUUAAGCCAGAAAAGUGAAAUUGAGAUGUUUUCAAAUUUUGAACAGUUAAAUUCCGGGGGGUUCAAUCUCAGCGUAUCUCGCUCUUUGCUUUGAUCAGAAAAUCUGGUGUUUUUCCUUUUGUUGUUGAUGUUUAUCUUGAGGAAAUGAAAAGGUUGUUUUAAUUGAAGACUGUUUUGGUUUAUUUCAGCUCAUCAUCAUGGUUAUUAUCUUUGGGAGAAGUGUGUGUGUGUGUGUGUGUGGACAGUGCAGCUGAGUGCAGACCACUCGUCGAUAUUUCUGUUUUCCUUUUAUUUCAGGUUUUGAAGAAGAUUUUCACAGAUGAUUAUGUUUUACUUUGUGUGUUUAGAGGAUCUUUGAGGAUCAUUCACACUGAAGCUGAUGAUUUUAACGUUUGAGUAGAAAAUGGAUUGAAAGGCCAAUGAAAACCUCUUUGUUUCUGUCGGUUGUGAAGCUGAAUGCUUAUGUGAUGCUAACUUCUCUCCUUUGUAUCUUUCAUUUGCAUUUUUUAACACCUUUUAUUUCAGUGAUUUGACGUUUGAAAAUCAGAAAAGAACAAUAAACAUUUUACACUCUU